AUGCCCUGCCCUAGGCCGCCCUGGCUCCGCCGCCCCAGGACCCCUCAGGGAUCAGGCCCCAGCUCCCCAGGCUCGCUCUCUGCGCCCCGCUCCCCUAGCAGAGGGGAGGACGACGACGACGACGACGAAGAGGAGGGAGAUGGCAGCCCGGGCUCGGGCCCCAUCCUGCCCCCCGCCUCCCCAGUGGAAUGCCUCAUCUGCGUGUCGCCCUUCGACGGCGUGUUCAAGCUGCCCAAGCGCCUGGACUGCGGCCACGUCUUCUGCCUCGAGUGCCUUGCUCGCCUGUCGCUGGCUACGGCGGGCGGCGGCGACGCGGUAGCCUGCCCGGUGUGUCGCAUCGCGGUGGCGCUGGCCGUGCUAGUGGCUGCGGGCCUGGUAGUCUCAGGCAUCUAUAUCUUUUUCCUCAUCCCGCACGCCACCUCCUCCGGCCCCGCGCGGCCCCAGCUCGUGGCACUCGCCCCAGCGCCCGGCUUCUCCUGGUUUCCACCGCGGCCCACGCCGGGGGCGCCCUGGACUCCCGCCUGGACGCAACACCCCACGAUCCCUGACCUGGACACCACCCCACCAGGGGCUGCAGAGGACGCACUGGAGCCCGAGGUGGGGCCUGAGGAUCCAAGGGAGGCUGAGGGGAUGCUGGAUGAGCCAUCGGACCAAAUGUGGGGGACAGAGGCUCGCCCAGGCUGGGCCCCGCGGGCACGGGGCAGGAGGAGGGUGUGGGGGCCACAGUAA